CCGUCGCCACUCGCGCGCGCACCGUCGACGCCGUCGCUUCCAAUUUCGAAUCCGGAACGUUAACCGUUCUCCUUAGAAUUUGAAAUUGUGAAUCCUUUUUUAUUCUAUUUUCAAAAGUGACAGUGCUUCGGACUCUUUUGAGGAUUUUGUGCCAGUGUGAUUGUCUUGUUGUACAGACAGAAGUGUCCACAUCGGCUACGCGUACGAUGUAACGGCGCGAACAUAAUCGAUCGACUGGUUACCUCCCCAUUUCAACAUGUGCAACUGUCAAUAAGUGAAACGGAACCUCGUUUAGUGCAUCAUUACCUUAAUUGCAGCCAAACUGAAAACCUGUUGACUAUAGUGAAGUGAAACCUAGUGUUCAAUACCGGAUUCGCUCAGCCGGACUCAUCAAUUUGGCAGCAUAGCCUUGAUCUGCAUCGGACACGUUCAUCUAUUCUAAACACACACAAAAUCACAUAAUAUAUGUCAGUCCGCUCCCAAAGUGAUGGACACGCACAGUAGAUCGGCGUCCCCGCGCGAGGCGUCGCGGCCGCAGCACCGGCCCCCUUCACCCCCGGGCACGCACUCCCCCAGCGCGCCAGCGUCGCCCACCGCGCCCGCCUCCCCAGCCCCCGCGGGCUUCGACAACCGCGGCUACCAGCACGACGACCCCAACCACAACGACUCCUUCACCUCCCACCAACAAAACGGCCACAAAGACCACCAACCCAAUGGCACCGACCAGAAAACCCUCGAAGCCGUUAAUCUGGAGCUCAUCAACCUAACCCCCAAGAACGGCGCCAAGAAGAAAGAUGUAGAAGUCGACAUGAACGCCACCAACCCCUACGACGAGUACUUCGUGCCGGUCAACGAGCACAGGAAAUACAUGAGAGGCGAAAAACUGUACGUAACGGCGGACAAACGCGGCGAGAAGGGCGGGUGCCGACGACCGCUGUGCUGGACGCUGCUGGCGCUGGUCGUCGCAGCCAUCGUCGCGCUCAUAGUGCUUGCUGCCACUGGAAUCCUGUUCGCGAACACGCCGACGCCACUGGAUCAGUACAACACAUCGUUGUCGUCAGCGCGAGCGCUCGGCGGACUAGGCCACGACCACGGUGCACACGACCACUACAACAUCGACCACGACCACAGCGCACACGAGCACAGCGCACAUGACCAUGAUUUCUCGGCUAAUGAUGAUAGCGCCCAUGACCACAGCAAUCAUGCUGUGCCUGGCCAGACCUCGGCGGAGAAAGACGCUGAAGCAAAAGAUGUGAAUGUCCCCAUGGCGGAUGAUAGCAAUGACAUGUCUAUUUAUGUUCCAAGGACAGUUGAAGGCGAGCUCAAAAUAGACAACGAAGAGUUCUCGUCAGUUCUACAGGACCCGGAGAGCGAAGAGUUCCGCCAGUUCAACGAAAACUUUGGCAGUGCGCUCAAGAGAGCUCUCUUCGAUAGGAAUAUGCUCGAGGCUGGUGACCACAAGAUUGGAGUCCAGGUCGUUCAAAUCAGGCCGGGAUCAUUGGUAGUGAGCUACAGGAUUCACUGGACGCCGAAAUCCAGUUCUGAAGGAAACGAGGAUCUACUAACUGCCCGCUCACUAAAGUCAAAGUUAGAUAGUUACCUCGACAAGAACAGCAGGAUGAUCAGCGUGUACCACGUCUCCGAUGAUAGAAUGUCCACAAGACAAGUCCUAGACUUGUGUCAAAUCAAUAAAAACGAUUGCGAACACGGAUGCACAUUCGACGAAAACAGCCUCGAGUUCAUUUGCACCUGCCCACGUGGACAAAUCCUCGACAUGGUCAACCAGAAAAAGUGCAUGUCAAUAUUCGAAAGUUCAGAGCAAAUGGAAACAAAAACUGGCGAAGACAACAAGCAAAAAGAGUUUAGAGUUCUAGAUAUAGAUUCUACGGGAACAACGACAAGACCUAUUCCGGAGGAACAAAAACCCGAUAAUAAUUUUGACUGGAAGAAUAUUCACGAUAUAAUACCAGAAGUAACCACAGAAGGAGAUCACGCGCAGUCUAGUGAAGAGGUUAAUAGACCAGUAAUUGUUGAACCACAUCCAACGGCAGAGCCUACAAGUGAACCGGAGCCAACACCUGAACCAAAGCCUGAACCAGAACCAGCGGCUGAACCGAAACCAGAACCCGAACCAGAGCCAACCCCGACACCCGAACCAAAACCGGAACCUGAGCCAACUGCUGAACCCCAACCAACUACAACAGAAGCACAAACAGAGUCGCGACACAUGUCGGAAACACUAGCGUCUUCAGAACUCUCCGAAGAACUGCAUUCCUUUGUUGAUCUACGUCCUACACACGAACCGCAGGCUACUGCUGAGCCACAACCUACAUCUGAACCACAACCUAACCCUGAACCCCAGCCUGCUGCUGAGCCUCAGCCCACUGCUGAGCCCCAGCCCACUGCGGAGCCGGAACCUACUCCAGAACCUACAGCUGAACCUCAACCUGCUGCAGAACCUCAACCUACUGCUGAACCUCAGCCUGCUGCUGAGCCUCUUCCUUCCACCGAACCCCAACCCACAGCUGAGCCAAAGUCUUCUAUUGAGCAGCAACUUUUUGCAGAACCAGAACCCAACGCCGAACCGCAACCUCCGACUGAAUCCAAGACAGAGCAGGAGGCAGAACCAAGAUCAAACCCAGAGCCUGCUGCUAAGCCAAGUACCACCACAUCAGAGUACAGUUUCGAAUCCAUCAACACUACGCCAGAACCCCAACUUACAUCUGAACCUUCUGCAGAUCGCGAACCAAAGCUUGGACUAAUCAAUACAGAUAUAUCCCAGGAGACCGAGCUCCGAACUACAACUGAACCUAAAAUGGAUUCCGAGGAAAAUAGUCAAGAAGACAAUACAAAUCUACAAAUAGCAAAUACAAAAUACGAAAAUAAAUUUGAUGAUAGUAAACUUGAUGAUGAAACAACCACUAUGAAAACUCCAGUAACAGAAUCUGUUCUAGGUCAGGAAAUGAAAUCCGUGUUCUCGAUUUACGAGCAUAAGAAGAACGAAUCUGGAUUAAAUGAUGACAUGAAUCACGACAGGGAAAAGAUCGCUCAUAAGGAAGCAACUAACAUGGAAGACCUAAAAAAUGAAGCUCAAACCGAAUCAUCCGUUAAAAAUGCAUCCGAUACUGUUACAUCUACUACUGAAAACUAUAUGCAUUUUUAUAAUGUAAAUUUGAAAAACGACGAUUUACCAGAGAAAUAUUUUAGACGAGUCGAAGAUGUUGUAGAUGAAACUACAACUAAUCAUAAUACCAAUAUGAAUAUGAGUAAAAUGUCGGAAUCAGAAGAUGAUAUAUCAUUUGAUCAAAUCUCAAAAGACCACAAAUCAAGUGUUAGCAUAAUGCGAGAUUCUACAACUAAAGUGAACGUUGAACAACCAACAACGACGUCACCAUUUACCGUAUUAACUACGUCUGAAGAGGCUAAAAUGAACCCUACUGAAAUAAGAGAAUCGAAUUCAAACGAUUAUAUUAUACCUUUCCCUAAUAUUCAAAGAUCAAAUGCUAUCGAAACGCCCUAUCAUAAUGAUAGUGAAAGCGCUAUGAGAAAUGAAUCACAAAAUGAUGCUCCUGACAAACCUUUAAACUCAAUUCUUCUUGAAGCGUCAUCGCUAGCCACGAAUAAACCAAUAACAGAAGAAACUACAACUCUCAAACCGCAAACAACAACAGAAUUCUUUAUAUCCAAACAAAAUAAUUCAGAUGCUGAACAAAGUCUUGUUUUUGCUGUUCUUGACCAGAAAAAUACAACACAUACCACUACUGAAAAAGAACCGUCGUACGAAGGAGUCGACAUAACUUUCGAUACUAUAAAUAUGCUUUAUAACCGCUCAUCAAAAUCAUUCGAAAACCAUACUGAGAUAGGUAACGAAACUACUGAAAUAACAGAGCCUAAAGUGAGUCCAACUACAGAAUCAGAUUGGUUAGUCGAACCAGUUACUGAAGUAAACUAUAACGUUAUGAUGAGCCGCCCAGAGAAACAGGAAACAACAGAAACAAAUUCACAUAAACUACAAGAGAUCAUCAAUCGUGGAAUAAGCAAGGACGAUAUAGAGCCAGAUUAUUUAAAUAUUAAUCCUACCAAAACGCCUGACCAAGACGAACCAUUAUAUGGGAUGAUCCACGAUUACGACAAUGAAGACUCUAGAGUAAAAAGAGUUAACACAGAAAUAAAAGAUGCAGCGGUGAAGAAGAAUAUGACCGCAAAUACAAAUCAAACACUACAUACUAAUGAAUCUGAGAAAUCCGUUACAAUUAUUACAGCGGCAGAGUCUCACAACGAAUCAUCUAUAAACGAAAAUAGUCAAGAUGACACAAAUAAAAAAACUACCGCAAAUAUUGACAAUUCUGAAUUAACUCAAAAUCAAACUACGAUAAGCGAAGAGAAAUCAUCUGAAGAAAGUCAAACUGCUACCGAAACUCCUAAAGUCGAUUUACCUACUGUUUUACCAAAUGUUUCAGAUAAUAUGUCUAACAAAUUGAAAACUGAAAAUGAAUCCACCACAGUCAAUAUCAAUUCUAAUGAAAAUCUAGAAACUACGACAACAGUAACUCAGUACGUCUACAAAGGAUUCGAGAAAUCUUUAGCAAAUCCACUAACCAGAAACGAAUCGUCACGAUCAUGGAACAAUGAACCCGCGCCAGUUUGGGAAACAGAUAACACCGAUGUGAAACAACUGGAAAUCCAUGAGCAAGGAACUUCUGGCAAUAAUACUACCAAUACAAGUGUAAUUCAUGCAGACAAGACAUUCACAAAUAAAUCAACCACUACCUUAUUAGAAAGCGACCUGGGAGUAAUUGCGUAUAACCACAGUGAGUCCAUUGAAAGUCAAAAUACAACACAAGUUAAUAAUCUAAAUGUUACAAUCUAUGAAAUACCUGGAAGUAAUCAAUCGGUUACAACAUCGAAAUCCACAACACAUUCUGCAGAAUACGAAGAUCACGAAACUGAAAUGAAUCCUUUCUUACCUGAGGUUGAAAACAACAAGAGUCUUGUGAAAAAGCUUCAAGAAGGUCACGACCUUGAACCAGCAAAUAUGAACGAAACACAAAAUGAAAACACAGAUGAACAUAACAGUCACUCAUUAGGAGCUCCUACAGAACCUUCGAACAGUGAUGCUCCAACUACAACAAAAGCUCAAGAUGGUAAAGAAUCUAGUACUAAUGAAGAUGAAGCAUCUAUCAACGAUUUAAUAAACGAAAGUUAUAGCUAUCCUGAAGACGAGAACAGUGGACGUGAGACAACUGAAAGAGGUCAAACAAAUGCAGUCACUGAUAGGCAAAAAUCUAAAUCAGAAGAUAAAACCCAAAUAGCUACCUUUUUAUUAGACACAGACGAUUUAGAUGUUAGCAAAGAUCAUUCUAUGGAAGGUAAGUCAGACAACUCCGCUAGUGUACCAAUGAACGCAGUAUCAAACAUAGCAAAUGAUGAUAGUGAUUUCCUAAGUGUGGUUCCUAUCGCCGAUGAAAAACUUGAAGAAAGAGAAACGUUAAAAAAGAACUUCAAAAGUGGAGGUAUUCAAGAACUCAAUGAUAUAAGUGAUUCACCAAAAAAGAGUGACAGAAGGACAUUAGGUGCAAGCAAAUUGGAUUCUGUAAUUAAUAAUGAAGCGUAACGCGUGCUUACUUAGUUCACUUACGAUUUAAGUUUGUAUAUUUCUGUUUUAUUUCCUGUGAUGCUGUCGAACAAUUUUAUUUUGUAACAAUAGUUUUAAAUAAUUAUGAAUGCAAUACUGUUAUCGAUUACAAUUAAUGAAUUUUUAUCUUGUGGCACGAAAUAACCACGUCAGCAGUAAGGUGUACUAUAAAAGCUUAUUAGACUAGUCAAACUAUAAGGAAAGUCACAUCUCGAGAGUUUUAGAUUAUUUAUUACUACAAAUGUGUAAAGAGUAUAAAUUAACUGAGUCCAAAAUGUAACAACUUCUCGUAGAUAUUCUACGUAUAAUUUAAUGUUAAUAUCCUUCGCAGGAGAAUACGUAAAGUCCUACUUUUAAAUUGUUACCAUAGCGAAAUACGUGUUAGGAUUACUACAUCAAAAAUGUUCUUUUCGAAUCGGGCACUUAUUUGAAAUGAUGUGAUAGAAAAUAUGAACAAUGUUUAUGUAUGAAAGAAUAUUUUCUUGUGAUGAAACAUCGUUUUCUGCCAUGCCGUAUGUGAUAAUGAUAUUUUACACAUAAAAUAUUAUAUACAUUCCAAUUCGUAUUAAAUAUUUUAACUUAGUGAUACGCAGAAGUGAGGUCUGAUUGUAAAAUAAUAAUUAGUAGUCCUUGUUAACUAAGAUUAUAUUUUGUAUAAUAUGGUUGAAAUUGUAAAGAAUUACGUUGUAAAUAAAUUUAAAGUUAAUAAUAAA